AUGGAUCGUGGCUACUCCUAUAUAGACAACCCCAAUAGCGCGGACGACGACACAAAUCGACCACAGCAAACUAACGCAGUCGAGCGCUUCCUCGCUGAGCUGUUCCAGAACCGUUUUCUCACAGACCUCUCGACCGCCGACGACGAAGCUGCACCGACACGACCGAUUUCGCCGCGAACGCUACCCUCGAAUCACCUCGUGCCUUUCUUCACCGCCUCCAAUACCUUUUCAGUACCGCAAAAUCCAGUCGACACUGCAGAAGUGGCAGGAAUCACACCACCACAUACUUCAGCACGCCAAAUGCAAAGCGCGCAGGAUGUCGUCUUCUGUGUCGAGGAUACCGUGGGGCUCAAGGACGACAAGUACAGCGUCGGCAUCAUAGAGCGAUCUUUUGGCGAUGUCGACUCGCACGAGCCCCGGCCACAGCGCGACUACCCCGACGACAUCGAACGCCACACCGAUAUCCCCAGGGAAGAAUUUUGGAAGUUCAUGAAAGACGGUAUCCCGCCGCGGGGUACCGUCCUAGUGUCAUGGCAGACCCAGUACAAGACGGAACUCAUACCAGAAGCAAAGCUUCAGCUGCUAGAUCGCGCGCUGUACGUAGGCGAUGUGGUCAAGAGGAAGGCCGAAGAUCAUAUUAGUGGUACGGUCAUUGGCACCCAGGCAGUCUGCACCCUCUUCCCCGCGACCCUCUUCAACGGCGGCCAAAUCACACAGACAACCACCGACGAUCUAUCAAUACGGAACAUCCCGGCCGACGAGCUCAUCAACGUUCACGAAUUCGUCGAGGGCGCCUUAGUCGUCUACGGCGACUGGGUGGGUCGGGUAGAGAACGUAUACGACGAGGUCGCUAUCAGGCUGGCCAACAACUCAGUCGUGGUCGUCGAGGACCCGGCCGAGCUGGAGCAGGAUGACACCACUCUCGAACGGCUCAGCGUAGGCGACACAGUCAAGACCAAAAAGGGCAACCUGCGGCGGGGAAACUGGAGAUUUGGCGCAUACGAUCCGAGCGUACCGCCUGUGGGCAUGGUAGUCGAGACAAGAGCAUCCGAGAUCGACGUGCAGUGGCUAGCAAGAAGCAUUGGCGCGCGCAACGUCGCCUUCAAUGCAGACGAGCCUCCGGCGACAAUCGGUCGAGACGAAUUCGAGAGCCCCAACUUCUACCGGUACGAUGCCUCAGGAGGUACCGCCACAACCCUCCCCGUCUCGGAAAACGGCGUCGACAAGUCAUACCAUGUAACCGAUGUGGCCGUGGGUGAUCGGGUACGGUUCAAGGACAUCGCCGGCGCUGCUGUAAAGUAUGACGGCACGAGGGAACUACCCAACGGAUAUCCACAGGGGAAGGUGACACGGAUUGCGCGGACAGAAAGCCUGGGAUACGAUCUCAAUGUCUUCCUUGUGAUGCAGACUCACAGUCGGGUCACAGUUCAAUGGCAAGACCUGUCCAUAACGCACGACCUCAGCUCUACUCUACUGCCAGAUCCCAAUGUAGAAGACGACGAUGAGGUCUGGCCUGGUGAAGUUGUUUUCUCCAAAGAGAAUCGCGAGGGUGAUAACGCUGAUGACUCUGCGACAAAGAAGCCUUCGAAAGUGGGUGUAGUCCAGACAGUCAAGGGCCGAGAUCGGAUAGCCACUGUGCGAUGGUUCAAGAAUCCUUCCAUCGAGUUCUUCGGCCCAGACCUACUUCCCCCGUCAAGCACAGGAGAAUUACAUGAGACCGUUGAAGACGUCAGUCUAUACGACAUUUACUCUUUCCCAGCACUAACACGGAGACGCGGCGACUUUGUACUUGUACAUCCAGACUCAAUCGAAGGUGUACAGACGCCGCUCAAUGUCAUUGGCCCCGACUGGUUUGGAGAGGUUAUCGACUUGGGUCUAGAUGGAAAGCUCACCGUCCGCCUUGGCGCAGCAAAGCCUGUUGUAGAUGUCAAGGUUCCCUACGAACGCGUCACUCUUGCCUACAGCAGCGACAUGGCUGACGAUUUCGGUAACAUGGAUCCGCUAGAAGGUGACUACAUCGACGACUCCGACGAGAGUGAUGAGAGCGAUUUCGACACGGCGUCAUUCAACGAGAUGUGGAUUGAGUAUGAGGGCAUGGAUGGUGAACAGCCUGUUGGCGACGAAGGAGACUGGUCGACAGAGGAUGAGGACGAAGAGGAAGAAGAUGAUGGCAACACGGACACAUCCAUGCCUGAUCUUGUCGACAUCACAAAAGAAGUGGAUACAUCGAAGACGACUCCCGAAGAGCAACCCGAUGAAGACGGCGGUAUAGCGCUGGAUGACCAUACGGGACAACCGACAGAGGGACCAGCUUCUUUCCUCAUCCUCGAAGAAGCUCCACCAGCUUCUCAUCACUACAUCUCCCAAUCAUCAGCCUCCUCGUCAGCGUUCAUGCGCCGGAUAGCGAAAGAGCACAAGAUCCUCCGGAACUCACUUCCACCAGGCAUCUUCGUCCGCACCUGGGAAUCUCGACUAGAUCUCCUCCGCGUCCUCAUGAUCGGCCCUAACGACACACCUUACGAGUACGCACCCUUCGUCAUCGACUUCCACCUCGGAUCGGCGUACCCACAAGAAGCACCAUCAGCCUUUUUCCACAGCUGGACAAACGGUAACGGACCUGUCAACCCGAACUUAUACGAAGAUGGCAAGAUCUGUCUGAGUCUACUGGGCACAUGGCACACCGACGAGCGGAACGAGAGCUGGAGUCCCGCGAAGAGUACGCUACUGCAGGUUCUAGUCUCCAUCAUGGGACUUGUACUAGUCAAGGAACCUUACUACAACGAAGCUGGCUACGAUGUUCAUCGCUCAGCACCAGAGACGAAGCUGAGUUCGGCGCUUUAUACCGAACGCGCUUACUUCCGUGCUCGCGCAUUCAUACACCAUGCGCUCACGCAUGAGGUCGCGCCGUUCAAGGAGGAGCUACAGUAUCUCUACCGAAGCCAAGAAGACGGUGCCCCCAAACUUCUCGACAAGGCCAUCGAAGCCGCUAAGGACGUUGUCGAGCAAAGCGCCGAGGGAAGUGAGGAGGGCGAGCGUGAUGGGCUGAGGAAGAUCAGUCUGGGCGCGCUUGUCAUGCUGAGGAGGCAGGUUGAGAAGCUAGAGGCUUUGAAGCAGGCGAGUACAUGA